AAGUUCUAAUUUAAAUACAAUAUUUGUUAUUAAUUACAAUGGAACAAACUGUCGAGACAACGAGUAAUGUAAUUGCCAAGCCUAAAAAACGUACAGACCCAAAAAGAAAAGCUCUUACAAAGAGGCUUGGUUCUUCCAUUUCUGUUGAGAAACCUAUGGUUGAUUUGGCAUUGCGUAGUAUGACAGAAAGUGGACGUAAAAUAUCCCUUACUAGUAUUCAAAAAUUUGUGGAGGAGCAUUUUAAUACUAAAUUGAACUUCAGGGACAAGAGAAUGAUUAAGUGGUACAUUGAUGGUUUACGACAUAAUGGUGAGGUUGUAUCUACUUCCAAGUAUUUCUUAAAACUGGCUUAAGGAAGAAAUUGUCUGGGCAUAAAAUAGGCACAGGGCAGACAGAAGAGCUUAUGAUAUUACAUCGGUUGUAUUCAAAAUUUUUUGUUUUUAAACUUUGCUAUAUUAAUAAACAAUGUUUAACAUUUAUUAAAUUUU